AUGGCUGACGACAGCGAUGUGCACCCCAAACCACACUUCAAGAUAAGGAGUGAGUUCGGUAUCCCACGACGGAAGGGCAGCAGGAAGGCCAGGCCGUGCGAUGCAUGCCGGAGACGUAAGACAGCGUGUGUGAUUCCCGACGCCCCACCCUGUGCGUAUUGCAAGUCCAAGGGCAUAGAUUGCAAAUCUUCUAGCUCUGCUCCUCUGCAAUCGCAAAGGGUUCCCUCACAUGCAAGUCGUACACUUGACAGCCCUGGCGAAUAUGUUAUCGGUCAGUCCGAUACCUCAGCAGCCACAACAACUCCUCAUCCCAGUACCUCCGGCCGCUCAGUGCCUGGAGGUCUCGGCCAAGGCGCUGUUCAGACGGCUUCAUGGGACGCAGAUGCCGAAAUCUAUACACUCGAGGAUGGGCUCAAUGUGACAGCCCAUUCGAUGGGUCUUUCUGCAGAGCAAGAUGGGAAUCUCCUCCAGUCCUUCCGAACAGUGUUGGUAGAUGAGACGAAUCGUGUUCACAAUGAUUUUCUUGAGAUCUCAGCUGCCAGCUCUGACCCAAGUCUGCCACCGGCCUACUUUACUAUUAUCUCCGAUCAAUUCCAACCGCAUGAUAACGAGAUCAAGCGCGAUGCAGGUGUCAAGAUAGAAGCUCUCAUUGAGUCGUGCGCAUCUCAAUUGCUCCGGCUAUAUUUUCGUUAUGUCCAUCCGGAGUACCCUAUACUUUCCAAGGGGAGGUUUUUACGAGCUUUCGGCAACGACAAAUCGAGUAUACCUGCCUCACUACGUGGUGUUGUCUACGGCCUCGGUCUGCCGUUCUGGACUUACGAGCCUGAGUCGCAACAUCGGUCGCCACCUUGUCAGCAGCACGAGCUGUUUAUCGAAGCUCGCAAGUCGCUUGAAUGCGAACUCGAUUCGCCCAAUCUGUGGACAAUGCAAGCCUGCUUGUUGAUCAUGCAGGAUAACGCGCCGUGGGAAUGGACCUUCGAAUCCGCCCGAACGUGGACACUUUCCGCGCAAGCUCUUGCGUGCGCACAGCAGAUUGGCCUGCAUCGCAAUCCCAGAGAUUGGAAGAUUGCCGCGUGGGAAAAGAGUCUUCGCAUCAAGCUCUGGUGGGCAAUUUUUGCCAGUCAUACCUGGUCUGCCAUCACCAACGGCAACCCGCUCCAUAUCCACGAUGCGUCUUACACCACACCGGACCUGUCGAUGACUGAUCUAAGUUCCGAUGAAGAUAUAUCCGACGACUUCCAGCACAUCGUCGGCGCUUCUGCAUUGACGGCUAAUACGAUAUCGUUAGCGAAGUUCUUAGAGCAAGUCAAGCUGGCUCAGAUCGCAUAUCGAUUGCUCAGUUUAGCUUUCUCUGAACGAGGUUUCCAUGAGCGGCUAGCCGAUAGCAAAGCAUAUGAGUCCAACCUGCUGUAUAUCCGAGCAGAUCUGGACAAUUGGUUUUCUUUUCUGCCUCAGUGUCUGACGAUGGCAUAUCACAGGCAACAGAGAAUAUCAAAUAACUGCCGACUUCAUCUCGCAUACUUCGCAACGCGAGUACUUCUUCUGCGGGCUCUGAUGACGCCCGUUUCGAAGGACGCCAAGGGCGACCCUGCUUCGCCGAUGUCACGGUACUUUGCUGGGUCAGUUGCCGAAGGGCAACCGAUCACACAGUGGUUCGGCUCGCUCUCUGUAGAGGAUCUGAAGACAUUCUGGGACCGUAAUGCUCGCCCGCAGCUUGUCCUGAUCGGAAAUUUUAUGGUCUACCUCUUCGUUCUUUCAUCCGAUCUAGACAAGGCUCGAACAACUUUCCAGUUCCUGGAGACUCUGCACCAAGCCCUGAUCCGACUAGACAGCGAGGGGACAAGGGCUCUGCUAAGACCAACUUAUCUGAGAAUAGAUUCCUUCUUCAACCAUGCGGCGCUGAUCAUGAGGCAGGAACCGAAGGAUGAAGAUGCUUACUAUGAGAAUACUCGAUGGAUCAAUCGGGACCUCAUCCCCAUGCCACAAGAGCGGCGCACGUUUGGUGUGCUCUCGUACGCCGGAUAUUGGACAGUAACAGGUGUUAACAUAUCUGCCUGGAGUGUUGGCAGUGGGCUCCUGGCUCUUGGUUUGAGCCCUCGUGAAGCGAUAGGUGUGGUGGUCGUUGGCUCGGUCAUCACCGGUAUUCUCGCCGUCGCAGGCGGAUGGGUCGGUGAGAAGCAGCACAUCGGCUUCACUGUUGCAAGUCGCUUUUCCUGGGGCAUGAACGGGAGCUAUUUUCCCGUACUGCUGAGAGUCUUCAUCGGCUCCAUGUGGCUUGGCUUGCAGGCAUACUGGGGUGGCCAGUCUCUGAGGGUGCUGAUCGGUGCCGUCAUACCAGGUGAAUGUCCUCGCUCCCGUUAUGCAGUCGCGUUGUUGACCAAGCAAGGAUUUGCACACAUGAAGAACACUUUCGACCCCGGUUCUCACCUAGCGACGAACGACUUCAUUGCCUUAGUCAUCUGGAUGUUUGCCUUCGCUGGCCUUGUCUUCAUGCGGCCUGAACGACUUCAGAUUCCGUUUGCAAUCUCAUUCGUCCUUGUUACCGGCUCUUGGAUCGGACUGUUAAUUUGGGCCGUACACAACGCGGGUGGAGCUGGCAGUAUGUUUGACCAGCCAGGGACAACUUCUAACACCGGAUCAGCCUUCAUGUAUGGUAUCACGGCCAUCUUGGGUGCCUGGGGCGGUGGAACACUCGGUCAAUCCGACUGGACUCGCUACUCACAGCGGCGAGGUGCUCCUCUGCUGUCGCAGAUGAUCGUGGCACCCAUCACAGUCACUGUGACCGCGACCUUCGGGAUCAUUGUCACCAGUGCUGCCAACGACAUCAUCGGUGGCGAACAACUCCUUUGGAACCCGAUAACGCUUCUCGCCACCAUCCAGGAGCAGUACCAGUCAAGCCCUAGGGCAAGAGCCGGUGUGUUCUUCGCAUCGCUUGGACUGAACAGCUCGCAGCUGCUCCUCGCAGUCGUGCUCAACUCUAUGUCUGCCGGAAUGGAUAUGGCCGGGCUAUGGCCAAGUUACAUCAAUAUCCGCAGAGGAAGUGCCAUUGCCGCUGUCAUUGGUAUAGCAAGCCAGCCCUGGCAGAUUCUGGCUUCGGCGUCGAAGUUCUUGACCGUGUUGAGCAGCUUCGGCAUAUUCAUAGCUCCAGUGCUUGGUAUUCUGCUCGCAGACUACUUCCUGAUUCGCGUUCGAACGUUGAAGGUCCCCGAUCUAUACACUGGUGACGCUUCAUCGAUAUACUGGUUCCGGAUGGGCGUGAACUGGCGCGCUGUAGUUGCCUUCGUCAUGGGAGUAUGGCCGUUUCUCCCUGGACUGGUCGUCAGCGUCAAUGGUUCAAGUUCCUCAUCAAUGAUAGGGUGGGUGCGCCUCUACGAUCUGACAUUCAUUAUAGCGACGGUGAUUAGUGCCGUUGUGUUCUGGUCAGUCAACAUGGUUUCUCCGCCUCCCGGUCUAGGUGAGGCAUCUACCUUUGACGAGGGCAUCAUAGACCAGGCAGACGUCCGGCAGGACUCGGACAUAGAAGCGAAGCUCCCUCAUGACGGCAAGCCUGAUCCGGAUGGAUCGGUCACGGUCGAGGCUGCCAAUUGA